CCCCAGAGUGUAUAGAUGCCAACGGAAUAGUAGCCUUUGGCUAUACACAACAAGAACGAUAAGACGAAGAAGAGGGCAAGAAUAUAUCCAGGUUUUCGGGAGUGUUCAUGGUCGUCCUCUGGUUGGAGUUAACCCGGCUUCGACCCAAAAUUUCAGGGUGGUAAAUUAGUGGCUUGUAUUUAAGCAACGUGCAACCAUGAUUAACGUUUGGCUUGCGAUGUUAAUGAUCCUCUCUAAUGGGCUUUCUUCAUCUGGGGCUGGCGUGAACAAUUCAGCAAUACCUGAAUUUGUAAAUAUUGGAGCGCUUUUCUCUUUCAAUACCACCGUGGGUAGAAUUGUGAAAAUAGCUAUUGAAGCGGCAGUUGCAGAUAUAAAUUCCGAUCCUUCCAUUCUUGAACAAACUGAGCUGAGGGUCUCAAUGCAAGAGGACUCCAAAUACAGAGGUUUUCUAAGCAUUUCUGAGGUCUUGCAGCUCAUGGCAAGACACACUGUGGCUAUAAUUGGUCCCCAGACAUCCAUAACAGCUCAUGUCAUAUCUCAUGUUGCAAACGAGCUCCAAGUUCCACUUCUAUCAUUUUCAGCCACUGACCCUACACUUUCUUCCCUUCAAUUCCCAUUCUUUGUUAGAACUGCUCCUAGUGAUAUUUAUCAGAUGACUGCAAUUGCUGAGCUUGUAGACUUCUAUGGAUGGAGAGAGGUUAUUGCAAUUUAUGCUGACGAUGACCAUGGGAGGAAUGGAAUUGGUUCUUUAGGGGAUAAGCUUGCAGAGAGACGUUGUAAAAUCUCAUAUAAAGCACCGAUAAGCCCUGAAGCAAAUAAGGAGGAGAUUACUGAUGUGCUUGUUCAGGUGGCUCUUGCUGAAUCUCGGAUUAUAAUUCUUCACACUAAUGCUGCAUGGGGGCCCCAUGUAUUUAAUGUGGCAAAAUAUCUUGGGAUGAUGGGAACUGGGUAUGUCUGGAUAGCCACCAACUUUCUCACUACUCUUCUGGACUCUGAGAGUCCCAUCCCUCCAGAUCAAAUAGAUGAAAUUCAAGGAGUUCUCACACUGCGUAUGCACACACCUGAUUCAGAGCUCAAGAGAAGGUUCUUUUCUAGGUGGAAAAACCUGACUAGGGGAGCGAUUGCUGAUGGUCCACUUGGAUUGAACACUUUUGGUCUCUAUGCAUAUGAUACUGUUUAUAUGCUUGCUCGUGCACUUGAUACAUUUUUCAAACAAGGGAACCGUAUCACAUUCUCCUAUGAUUCGAAGUUAUCUCAACUACGUGGAGACAGCUUGCAUCUUGAUGCAGUGAACAUCUUUGAUCAAGGAAAUCUGUUGCGUACAAGUAUUUAUGGGGUUAACAUGACUGGGGUAACAGGUCAUAUUGAGUAUGCGGCUGAUGGGAAUCCUAUGAAUCCAUCAUAUGAAAUCAUCAAUGUAAUAGGAACAGGCGCAAGGAGGAUUGGUUAUUGGUCUAAUCACUCUGGAUUAUCUGUUGAUUCUCCAGAAGUACUUUAUUCAAAACCAGCCAAUCGUUCCAGUGCGAAUCAAAAGCUGCUCCCUGUGAUCUGGCCUGGAGAAACAACACAGAAGCCCCGUGGUUGGGUUUUUCCAAACAAUGGAAGGCACUUAAGAAUUGGAGUACCAAGAAGGGUUAGUUUCCGAUCAUUUGUCUCACAAAUACAAGGCACUGAUAUGUUCACGGGAUUCUGCAUUGAUGUAUUCCUUGCUGCUGUGAACUUACUGCCCUAUGCGGCUCCCUAUAAGUUCAUUCCAUUUGGGGAUGGUCACAGCAAUCCUAAUAAUACUGAGCUUGUUCGUCUGAUCACGGCUGGCGUCUUUGAUGCUGCAGUGGGUGACAUUACGAUUACAACAGAAAGAACAAAGAUGGUGGAUUUUACUCAGCCAUAUAUCGAGUCCGGUCUAGCAGUCGUAGCACCUGUUAAGAAGGUAGAAUCCAAUGCAUGGGCUUUUCUGAGACCAUUUACGCCGAUGAUGUGGGGUGUCACAGCAAUCUUCUUCUUAGUCGUGGGUGCUGUUGUUUGGAUCUUGGAGCAUAGGCUGAAUGAUGAUUUUCGAGGGCCUCCCAAAAAGCAAGUCGUGACAAUUUUGUGGUUUAGCUUUUCAACCAUGUUCUUUGCUCACAGGGAAAAUACAGUGAGCACACUUGGUCGGUUCGUGCUACUUAUAUGGCUAUUUGUGGUUCUUAUAAUUAAUUCAAGUUACACAGCAAGUCUGACCUCAAUCCUCACAGUACAGCAGCUUUCUUCCCCCAUUAAGGGCAUUGAAAGCUUAGUAAAGAGCAAAGAACCUAUUGGCUACUUGCAGGGUUCUUUCACUCGAGAUUACUUAGUUGAGGAAGUUGGGAUUCAUGAAUCAAGACUCGUUCCUCUGCAGAAAGGAGUUGAGAUUGCUAAAGCAUUAAAAGAUGGUCCCUGGAAAGGCGGUGUCGCUGCAUAUGUGGAUGAGCGUGCUUUUAUUGAGUUCUUCCUUUCAAGCCGGUGUGAUUUUACUAUUGUAGGUCAAGAGUUCACCAGAAAUGGUUGGGGAUUUGCCUUUCCUAGAGACUCUCCUUUAGCAGUUGACCUUUCAACAGCCAUUCUGGAACUAUCAGAGAAUGGAGAUCUUCAAAGGAUCCAUGACAAAUGGCUUUUGAAGAGCGCAUGCCUAGCACCAGGUGCAAAGCUUGAAGUGGACAGACUUGAUCUUAAAUCCUUCUGGGGUCUCUAUUUAGUAUGUGGACUCGCUUGUCUGCUCGCCCUCCUCAUCUAUCUCGUACAAAUGAUGAGACAGUACGCCAAACACUACUCCGACGAAAUCGAGUCCUCCAGCCAGAGCUCGAUGUCGGCACGUCUCCGGACUUUCCUGACAUUUGUGAACGAGAAAGAGGAAGAAGUUAAGCAUCGUUCCAACAGAAGACAACUGGAAAGGAUCUCGUCCAGAAGCAGUAGUACUGUGGGUGGAUCAUUGUCAUCUUCAAACAUAUAUUCCAACAAGGAAUAUGCUCAAUCCUCUUCAACCAAAAGCGCUGAUUGUGGUUAUGACGCCUGAUCAUCUCUCGCUUACUUGCACGACACGCUAUUAUAGCCUAUAUAUCGAUAUCUCAGUACAGCACUAAUCUUUAUCAGCAAAUCUGAUGUUAUUCCCUAAUGCAAGUGCUGCUUUUCUGUAA